AUGCAGCGCCGACAGCUUCUCUCUUCACCUUUGAAACGCUCCAAUACAACCCCGAAUUUCCGGUCAAAAGCGAGCCAAGUUUUGGAUGAAGAUGAAGACGAUGGGGAAGAGGACGAGGAGACGCUGGAAUUGCGGCUCGCCGAGAUCCAGGCUCGCCUUAAGCUGAAACAACUCCAAAAGUCCCGUGGUCGGUCUGGCACUGCCACAUCCUACACAGAAGACGAUGAAGAUAGCUUUGAGUCGGCUUCGCGCUCUCAACGCAAGAUCAUGGCUCCAAGAAGCCCCCCGCCCAGCCAGCGAAAAGCCCGUAUCGACGAGGUCCAGGUGCCCGUAUCACCCACGAGACGCGCGGCGCCGGCUCCUGAGCCCUGGUCCCCUCGAAGGUAUCAAAUGGGCAUCGAUAAAGGAUGGAAAGCAAGCGAUGUGUCAUUGAAACGGCCGCCAGGCCCAAGAAUGGAGGCAAGGCCUACCAGUCAACUUGGAACGCGCAGCGGUGCAAUGUCUCGCACAAGUGACAUGUUCCCACCACGGCCUCAAACUUCUCCAGGCGGCGGGGGGACUAAUCGAAUCAAGAGCUUUAGUGAGCGGAUGGCCGAGGGCCGAGUAGCUGAACGGGCUGAACAAUCUCGCCUGGAAAAAAAGGAAAGAGUGCAAGCAAGCCGCAGCUCAGCUUUUCAGGUGGAUAAAGCAGAAAUCGAGACUUUCAGGGCUGCAGCUUCGCAUGAAGCCCAGUCAUCACUGCCUUCAUUUACGAGCCGAGAACCAGAAUCAUACGCAUUCAAUCGUGAGGAGAUUCUUCGAUCACUUAGCCGCCCACAACCUGGUGGGCUGAAACGCAGCCACACGACCCCGAAUAUGAGGGAAGACAAUGCCAGAAGAUCCGAGGACGUCGAUUCAGCAGGAAGUGCCCCAGAUGCCUCCAAAUUUGAACCCUACUCAUCGUUGCAUCUGUCGAGCCGAAUUUUGCCCCAUUCAUUCUUAAGCCGCACUUUGGCCGAUAAAACUGUGCUCUGCAUACCCGAUCUUCUAAAAACUAUCAAGGCCCCUGCAUUUGAACUUCCAGAUGAAAUCGACGGGGACUUUGUGGUGUUCGGGAUUGUUGCAUCCAAAUCGGAACCCAGGCAAAAGAAGACAGCUGAUAAUGCCACAUCGAAAUCAGUGGAUCCUAACGAUGAUGGCCUCAACAAUACCAGCAGAUACAUGGUUAUUACUUUGACUGACCUCAAGUGGACGGUUGACCUGUUACUGUUCGAUACUGCAUUCCCUCGCUACUACAAGAUCAACGAAGGAACUCUCGUGGCAAUUUUGAACCCUAAUAUCUUACCUCCUCCAAAGCACAAGCUUGAUACCCAACGAUUUAGCCUGUCCCUUUCGUCGUCAGACGACAAAAUACUGGAGAUUGGAAAAGCGCGGGACAUUGGCUACUGCAAAUCUAUGACAAAAGCUGGCAAAGUUUGCCAGUCGUGGGUAGACGGAAGGAAAACCGAAUUCUGCGACUUUCACGUUGAUCUCCAAGUGCGGCGCACUCAAGGGCAGCGCUCCGGGGUCAACGGCGAUACAGGCAUGUUUGGCCCUGGCGGUCGAUCUGGCUCGCGAACUGGGUUUUACGAGGAACGUCGCAAAGGUAGUAGACUAGUGGAAAAAGAGGAAAGACCUCGAGGGCUCAAACCGGAAGGUGGUCAAUAUGACAGGAUGUCUGGGUCAACAUACUACGUGGCACCGGCUUCAAGGAAUCGCAAUGUCGUUCAUUCCUACGAUCCUAUGGCUGCUAGACGUGGAACAGCAGCUUUACUUGAUGCUAAUGAUGACCCCUUCAUCGCGGCGGGCCUGAUGGGAAGAGGCAGGGAGAGCAAGGAAGAACAGAUGCGCAGACGUCUUGCAACGCAGCAACGCGAGCGCAAUAUCACACAGAAGCUUGUCUCUGGUCAAAUUGGCGGCGUGGGCGCCGAGUAUCUUCGCACGCGCACUGAAACACCGUCCAAGGCCAAGGACGAUACUAAGACGUCUGGCAAAUCCAGUACACCAGUGGCCCUUCCUUCGAGCAGCAAUGACUUCAAUCUGGCUAGUUUCGGCAGGGCAAGAAACGUCAAGUUGGGCCCUAUGAAGCGCGCCCAUGACGGUGAUAAGCCUCAUGGCAGCGGUGUCAAAAAGACACGAUUUAUUACCUCCAAGGGCAUCCGAGAAGCUGGUCGAGACAGUCUUGGUGGACCGGAGGCAAGGACCAUCUCAGAUGGUGAUGACGAUGAACUGGAGUUCGUCUGA